UUUCUCAUAGCUCUGUGCGAAUGUGCAUACACUUUAGUUAAUCAUCUUCCCGCGCCUUCUCUAAACCAAAUUGAAACUAUGAAACAGUAAAUUAGUAUUUUCAAUCAUACCUCAAAAUCUUUAAUAUACUUUUCUAUAUUCUCCUUUGAUUUUUAAUCUCAAUAUUAAUGAUAAUCUUCUCAGCAAGCAAGAUCUUGAAAUUUUCAACCAAAUCUCAACGUCUUUACACUUCUUCAACUCCUAAUUUCAUUGACUUACUUCAACUUUCAAUUAAAUCUCAAUCUCUCAAAUAUACAAAACAACUACACUCCCAAAUCAUUCACCUUGGACUUGACCAAAACUCCAUUAUAGCAACUAACCUCAUCUCCUCAUACUUUGCAUGCCAAAACCCAGUUGACUCUCAGCUUGUUUUUGACUCUUUUAAACAUAAAAGUUUAUAUCUUUGGAAUAUUUUGAUUAAUGGGUAUGCUAAAAAUAAAUUAUUUGGACAAAGUAUUAAGCUUUUUAAUCAAAUGUGUAGAAGUGAAGUCACUCCUGAUGAGUUUACCAUUUCGGGUAUAGUGAAAAUUUUGGGUGAAUUAGGGGAUAUUGUUUCUGGGAAAAUUGUUCAUGGGAAGUGUGUGAGAAAUGGGGUUGUUUUAGAUACUGUUGUUGCUAAUUCUUUCAUGUCUUUGUAUAGCAAAUGUGGGGUGUUUCGAGAUUCUUUGAAGGUGUUUGAUGAAAUGCCGCAGAGGAGUAUUUCUUCGUUUAAUGUUGUACUUUCAGGAUAUACGGGUGAAAAAGAGAGAGUUUUGGAUGAUAAGUUAUGGGAUUUUGUGAAGGAUAUGCAGAUUGAAGGUUGGAAAUUUGAUGCAUUUACGGUUUCAACACUUCUUUCUUUCUGUGGAGAGGUGAAGAAGUACUGGCACUAUGGGAAAGAGCUGCAUUGCUAUAUUGUGAAGACUGGUUUGGAUUCGGAUUUUGUUGUUUGCUCUGAUGUUCGCUUAGGAUGUUGUUUGAUUGAUAUGUAUUCGAAAAGUUUCAGGAUUGAAAUGGCAAGGCGGGUUUUUGAUAGGUUGGAGCACAGAAAUGUUUUUGCUUGGACAGUAAUGAUCAAUGGCUAUGUGCUGAAUGGGAAUUUUGAUGAAGCUUUGGUACUGUUUAAAGACAUGCAAGUGGAAGGAGUAGAACCCAAUAAGGUUUCGCUUAUCAGUAUCCUACCUGCUUGUUGUUCAUUUGAUCGUUUGAAAGGUGGAAAACAGAUUCAUGCAUUUUCAGCUAGGAGAGGAUUGAAUCAUGAAGUGUCUUUGUGUAAUGCUUUAAUUGAUAUGUAUUCUAAGUCAGGUUCUUUGAGUUGUGCACGACGAAUCUUUGAAUAUCAUUGUGUUACUAAGGAUGCCAUAUCGUGGAGUUCAAUGAUUUCUGCUUACUCCUUACAUGGGAAUGGUCAAGGUGCUAUCAUGUUGUAUGAGAAAAUGCUUCAAAAUGGGAUCAAACCUGAUAUGAUUACGGUUGUUGGAGUUCUCUCUGCUUGUGCUAGGUCAGGAUUGGUCGAUGAGGGCAUCCGGAUAUAUGAUUCUGCUGUAAAUGAUUAUGAUUUAGAACCAACUUUGGAGAUGUGUGCAUGUAUCGUGGAUAUGUUGGGUAAAGCAGACCAGUUCGAUAGAGCAUUGGAUUUCAUCAAGUCAAUGCCUGUGAAACCAGGUCCUACUAUAUGGGGUGCACUUGUGAAUGCCUCUGCAAUUCAUGGAAAUAGUGAGGUGCAAAAUUUAGCAUAUAGGUUUCUUAUUCAGAUGGAACCUGAGAACCCGUCAAAUUAUGUGUCCCUUUCAAAUUUAUAUGCUUCUUCACAUAGAUGGGAUGUUGUUGCUCGGGUGAGAACAAUGAUGAAAGACAAAGGGCUGAAGAAGUUUCCUGGUUGUAGUUGGAUUAGCAUUAACACUGAAACACAUAGCUUCUACGUUGCUGACAAGUCUCAUCCUUGUUCUGUUGUGAUUUAUGAGAUGCUAGAUCAACUCAUCUUAGCAAUGAAGCGAGAUGAUUCUUGCAUUGGCUUUGAAGAUACUGUGAAGGUGUAUGAAUGAUCAGAAUUGAUUAAGUUACUACACUUAACAAGCAAGUGGAAUAGGUGAUUGAUGCCAAGAAAGUUCAUCUGAAUAUCCGGGCAAUAAUUGUUAACAUGACCAAUCAGGUGCAUCGUUCCCUCCAACUAGGCUAUAUAUGUCUGCCUACUAUCUUGAAGAGUUGAUGGAUGUAAACGGAAGUAGCGCUGAACUAGUAACAACACCCCUUGUGACCAAAGCGUCAUAACUACAUCCUAAGGUGACCUUUUGUUCAGGACAUUAGGGAACUGGUACUAUACGAACAUAUGGCAAUGCAGCCUAGCAUGGUCUGCGGAAUGGGACUGGGAAAGCUGCAGCUCAGAGAAUGAUUGUGCUCAGCGGAUUGAAAUGCCUAGGGUACUUCAGAAGAUUGAAAACCUGACGACUAAUUGGAAUCAUAAUGUACAGUGCAAGGUUUUUGAUUUUUUGGUGAAAAUUCGAGAAGAAGUAUGCUAAUUCGGUUCAGAGCUAGAGUGUCGAGAGUGGGUUCGGCCGAACCCAGUAGUUUUGGUUCGAAUCUUGUAUUUGUCUUAAAAAAUCCAUUGAAUAUGUAUAAAUUAUUAAUUUAGAACCAAAUAACUUAAGGCGAUUAAAAUCCCGAAUCCAUAAGCUUGAAAACCUAGCUCCGCCUCGGGCUGAUUCUAUAUAUAAUGGACAAGUAGCUAAAGGCCCUACAGUAA